AUGAGACCGCCAUUCAGGGAUGAGACCACCAAGCCGGGCCAUUGGAAUACUGGGCCGGAAGCAUCCACCGAAGAAGUUGAGCCGAGACCGCCACUCCUGGACGAGACUGCCAGUCGGGCUGCUGGGAUGUGUGGAAGACGAAGAAGAUCUCCAUGUGGGGACGAGACCUCCACUUUGGGACAAGACUGCCAUGGUGGGCCGAGAAAGGCAAAAGAAAAAGAAAGAAAGCUGAAUAAGCUGAACUGCCUGAAUCGUAAUUUUACUGAGAUCCCGCAAGUGCCAACAGACAUCAUCCAGCUCAACUUAAUCAAGAACAGAAUCAGGCUUAUUGAAGAGACAUCGUUUUCUCAGCAACUAGAACAGCUCCAGAUUCUCGUAAUCGGAUUACAGACCGAGCCACCGCUGCGUGUCAGAGCAAGAGCAUUUAGGAAUCUGCCCAAUCUGACGUACCUAGAUCUGGGAGGAAAUAAAAAAUUAGAGCUGGACGUGGAGGCAUUUGCUGGGCUAGAUAAACUGCAAAUCCUUCAUCUGGACUACAAUGGUCUAACUGACUCAAUCUUGCAACGGGGACAUUUUAAAAAUUUAAUCUCACUGCACACCCUCAUUCUUGACGGAAACAAGAUAAAACAAAUCAGACCAGAUUCAACAUUUUCUAGCCUAAGAGGUUUGAAAAAUGUUCAUUUUAAGGCAAAUCUGAUUCACCAGAUUUGUGAGGGGGAUCUGCACAAUGUUCCACGGGGGUAUUUUGAAACAUUCGAUAUCUCCGCAAACAGACCCUUGUACGCGCAUGAAAACUUUGACUGGGAGCAGUGCGGAAAUCCUUUCAAAGACAUAAUGUUGAACACAUUGGACAUUUCAGAAAUUGGCCUUAAUGUCCACAAGCUGGAGAAGAUGUUUUUAGCUAUGAAAGGAACGCUUAUCAUUCACCUGAAGAUGCAAUAUCUGAUCAUCGGUAGGUCAUUUGGUUAUAAUAACAUAGGAGAUCCAAACAAUCGGACACUGGCUGGUCUCAGUGACAGUUCUGUUCUGAAUCUGGAUAUGUCCCAUGGGUCCAUCUUUACACUUGCACCCUACUUAUUUUCACACUUAACUUCCUUGAAGUUGCUUACAUUAUCUUUCAACAAGAUCAAUCAGAUUGAAACUAACGCGUUCUUUGGCCUAGACUCCCUUCUCCAAUUAAACCUUUCCUCCAAUCUGCUGGGGGAGAUCUACUCAUUUACCUUCGAAGGUCUGAGGAAUGUCACGUUAAUUGAUUUGCAACACAACCACGUUGGAGCCAUUCAGUACAAUUCAUUUCGUGGACUGAAUCAGCUGACGAUGUUGAACCUUCGAGACAACGCACUCUCUGUUAUUUCUGGGUUUCACCAUCUCCCACAAAUAGCUUAUUUCUUAGUGGGUCUCAACCGAAUCAAAUCAGUUUAUGGCCUGGAGGCAGUUUCCAGGAGCACCUUUCUUGAUUUCUCAAACAAUGCCUUUACAAACCUCAAUGUUUUCUAUACGAUCAUGCAACUUCCUUUUCUGAAGCAUCUUUUGUUGAGGGGAAACCGUAUAUCGAAGUGCACACCUGCGCGUACUGAUAUCAUUCCAAAAAACAAUCAGUUAAUCCACCUUGAACUCUCAAGUAACUUCCUUGAUUUGGUAUGGACAUCAAAGCAGUGCUGGGAAGUGUUUCAUAACCUGACUAACCUAACUGUUCUUCUUCUCGAUCAAAACUAUCUUACCGAGCUACCACAAGAUAUUUUUAAAGGUUUGGUUUCUCUGAAGAGACUCAACUUAUCAUCUAACUCUCUGUCCAAACUCAGUCAGGGUGUGUUUCCCAGCUCUCUUGAAAUCCUCGAUCUAUCUGAAAAUCGCCUUGUGUCUCCAAGCCCAGAUGUGUUCAGUUUUGUGAGUCACCUGGACUUGAGAGAAAACCAAUACAUCUGUGAUUGUGGUCUCAGGGUGUUUAUUGAAUGGUUAAAUACCACUGAGGCGGUCUUGGUGGAACCAUUAACAGAUAUGUACUGUGUGUUUCCAGAUAAUUUACAAGGGAUACCUCUUCUUUCUCUGAACACCGAUGGGUGUGAUGAAGAUGCUAAUGUGGAACCAAUACAAUUUGCUCUCUUUGUGUUCUUCACAACUCUGUUACUGAUUAUUGUCUUUUCUGUCCUUCUCUACAAUCACUACAGAGGCUUGUUCUACAUCUGGUACAAAAGAACAACAAACAAGAUCAUGAAUGGUCAGAAGGCAGAUGAGGAAGGGAAGGCCUAUAAGUUUGAUGCGUACCUAUGCUUCAGCAGUAAUGACAUUGAGUGGGUGACAAAUUCCCUUCUGCAGUACUUGGACUCCCAGUUCAAUGAGAAGAAUAAGUUUCAGAUAUGCUUUGAAGACCGCGACUUCAUUCCUGGCGAGGACCAUAUUACAAACAUACGUGAUGCAAUCUGGAGCAGCAAGAAAACAGUCUGCAUUGUGACCAGGCAGUUCCUGAAGGACGGCUGGUGUGUUGAAGCCUUCAAUAUCGCGCAGAGUCGACUCUUCCAUGAACUGAGGGAAGUGAUGGUUGUGUUGGUUGUUGGCAAGCUCCCAGACUACCAGCUCAUGAAGUACCAGCCCAUCAGAGCCUACAUCCAGAGCAGGCAGUACAUGCGCUGGCCGGAAGACCCACAGGACCACAAGUGGGUCUUGGAUAGGCUGGCCUACCAAAUUUUGCGGGAACCCAGAAAGAAAAAUCCAAAACUGGACAAGCCUUUCAGCCGUCUGAAUUUCUCCAGAAGGAACAAGGCCAAUGACAACAUUAGGUUGCAACAGAUUGCAACAGUCGCAAGAUAAGAAUGGCCUGCAGGAGAUACUGGCUGCAGGCCAACUGCAAGAUUAAACUCGAUCUCCUUCUGAAUGGUUCUUCAAAACUUUGGACAGCAAAGUACACCACCAAUAGGUGACCUGUAGCCUCAACACUUGCUGUAACAAGUCUGCUGUAACAUAAAAACUACCUCAACAAAUGUACUUCAGUAAGAUACAGGGCAGGUGACCUGCUCUGAACCAAUGUGCUCUCAGUACCUCUGAGUUACAGGCCCACCCAGCUCCGCACCCCUACAGAGACCGAGAGAAGGACACAUGCCCAACUCACUUCAUUCCUUUUUUUUUAACUGUUGCGACCUUCAUUUGAGUUUAAUCUCCUACCUCCAUCAGGCAGGUACUCUAACUUAAAUAAAACAAAGAACUGCGGAUGCGAGAGACCUGAAACAAAGGCAGAAAUUGCUGGAGAAACUCAGCAGGUCUGGCAGCCUCUGUGGGAAGGUAGUGAGAGUUUUAACAUUUCGGAUCCCGUUCUGAUAAAGAGUGUCUGGAGUUGAAAGUGUUAGCUCUGCUUUCUUCCCACAGAGGCUGCCAGACCUGCUGAGUUUCUCCAGCAAUUUCUGGGUUUGUUUUGGGUGCUCCAAUUGGCCAUUCAUACCGCUGGCACUGGCAGGAGCAUUCCCAUUCGCUAGUGAGAUGGAAGGACAGCUGGCUCCCACGCAGAGUGUGGGAAGGAGGUCUUGUGCUCCACUGGGUAACCCCUGAGCCUAUAGCUCUGGGUCCCAGUCUGUCUUCAGGAUUGGGUAGCCAAGGAAGAUGCCAUCGCAACACAGAUUCUUAAAGGGAGGGGCCAGUUGGCUUGAUAGCCAGAGCAGAUCAAAUCAUUGCCAUCGACAUGGGGUUUGAGCUGGUUCAGGGGUCACUUCAAGACCAGUCUUCUUUGGCCUCCUUGGUUUCUGUGCUAUAGGUUGAACUGUCAGAAGACUGGAGAGGUCACAUAGUCCAUAGGAGCCAGGGUCAGUUUCAUCAUUUCACUUGAUCAAUGGAGAUUUUGAAAGCAUGUGGAGAAUCUAUUACCUAAAAAGCAAAGAUGUUACUAAAUCAAACAAACUAUUUGACCCAAUAGUCCCCAUGGGUGUUUAUCUGCUACAUGAGCAGUAAUUACUAAAGCUAUGUGCCUGCUGUCCCUAUAUCUGAUAUUAACCAUUCCCUUGAAAACAUACAAAACGGAUUUUUAACCAUUGACAUUAUUCUCCUUUAAACAGUGACUCCAGGGCAGCAUUCCACUGUCCAGAACCUUCUGUGUAAAAAAAACAAUAGGAAUUUCUUCUGCUCUCUGGCUGUAUUCCAUUGAUCUUGUAGCUCCUGAUGGCAUUAACCUAUAAACAAACAUUCAGCAUCUCGAGCCCGCUUCACUAUUCAGUAAAAUCAUGGCAGAUCUGAUUGUCACCUCACAAUCACGUCCCCACCUACCCCUGGUCACCUUUCACCCCGUACAUAACAAGAAUCUAUCCAACAAUGCCAUAAAAAUAUUCAAGGACUUCCCUUCAACCACCUUUUUCAGGAAGAUCAGUCCUAAGACUCAUGAUCAUCUAAGAGAAAAACAUUUCACCUCAUCUCUGCUAUGAAUAAGUGGCCACUCACUUUUAAACAAUGAUCUGCAGUUCUAGAUUCUCCAACAAGAGGAAACAUCCUUUCCACACCCACCCUGUCAAGACCCCUCAGGAUCUUAUAUGUUCUAAACUCCAUCAGUUACAAGCCCAGCCUAACCAACCUCUCCUCAUAAGAUACCUGCCCAUUCCAUUCUUUGCUGAACUGCUUCCAAAGCAACUACCAACGUGUUUAAAUAAGGUGACUAACACUGUGUGUGGUUUUCCAGACAUGCAGUCAUCAAAUCUCUAUGUAACUGAAGCAUAACCUCCCCACUUUUGUAUUCAACUCCCCAUCAUGAUAAAUGAGAACAUUCUAUUAGUUUUCUGACUUACUUGCUGUACCUGCAUACAAACUUUUUCAGCAGGAUGACCAGAUGCCUCUGUAUUUCAGAGCUCUGCAAUCUCUAACCCUUCAGACAAUAUGCUCGUUUAUUAUUGUUCCUGCCAAAGUGGAAAAUUUCACAUUUUCCCACAUGAUACUGCAUUUGUCAAUUUCUUCUGCCUCAUCAUUUAACUGAUCAAUGUCUUUUUGCAGCUUUUUAUCCUCUUUGUGACUUAAUUUCCGAACUAUUUUUGUGUCAUUUGUUGAUGGCAACCAGACCAUCCAGCUCUUUAUCCACCAAGUCAUUUGUCUAAAUGGUUAAUGAUAGCAAAGACAUCACAUUCACUAUCUUCCAAACUGAUUGACCUUCCCUGAAUCAUGGGAGCUUUGGAAAAUUAAAACCUAUGCAUCAACGAUCUCACUAGCCACUUCCUUUAAGACCCUAGGAUGAGGUCCAUCAGGACCUUGUCAUCCCACAGCUUUGACAAUUCAGUUUCAAUCAUUGAAAUCCAUUUUGUUCCAUCCUUUGAUAAUUUUAAAUACCUCUUGUUCAAUUGUUCCAUUCCCCUGCUUUAAUGAAGCCAGCUCGUUUAUCAAGUCUAUGUUUUUAUUUCCUUACAGUUGGCAGCUUCCUCCCUGUUAUACCUUCACUGUUGCUUUAACAUUUUUCCUGUUGUGUGGAGCCCUUAAACUGCACACAGAACUUUGACUGUGGUUUGAACAAAGGUUUAGUAAAGGUUCAAUGCUCAUUCUGACUUUAAUGUUUUAUAAUUCUUAUCAUAAUGAAUCAAACUAAUAGAUUCCAUUGAAAACGUGGGUCUUGUUUCAGCUGCUGAUGUGGAAUUGUAGAAUUUUGUGGUGCAGAAGGAGGCCUUUCUACCCAUCGUGUCUGUACUGGCUGCUGAAGGAACUACCAAGCUAGUCCCAAUCUCCAGGCAUAUGUCCACAGCCCUCUAAAUUCAUCCCUUUCAAAUAUAUAUCCAGCUCUUUUGAAACCUCCUAUCGAAUUUGCCUCCACCACUCCCCCAGGCAGUGCAUUCCAAAUCCUAACAAUUCUGAGUAAAGAGGUUCCUCCUCAUCUCACUCCUGGGUGACAGUCUUGAAAUUGUGACCCCCUGGUCACUGGCAUCGUAGUAAUGGUGUGUGUUGGAGUCAUCCAGGUGAAACCGAGGAAGAUCCUUUUCUCCUGUCCCCACCUUCCUCUCAUUUCUGCAGCCCAUCAAGCCCACUCCAUCCCUCAGAUAAGUGACUAGGAAGUAGCACCUUGACCUGAUGUUCCAUCAGUUCUUCUGGGAGUGUGUCUGCCACUUUCCCUCUCUGUACAUCUCUUAAAUCUGUCAAGGAAGUAAGGUCAGUUCUUACUGUGGACCCACCGUAUGGCUCACUAUGUCAUGUUGGUUUCCCCAGUGUCAGUUAGUAUCCCAUUCCAGUGGGACAGAAUAAUGUGUUCCCUCCUGUUUGUGGUCUGGAUGAGCUGCCCACCUGUGUUGAAGAGAUUUUAUGCCAGAAUUGUAAGACUGUGAAACCUUUUGUGUUCUGUGUGAUUGUACUGUGAGGUGAUCCCCUGCUCCAUUUGCCUCUUCGUUAAAGACUGUUACUAUAUUGGUCUACCAAAAUGGACUAUGUUGGAAUUUGCCCAGUGCGGAGACUUUGCUUAAAACCAGAAAUGCCUCCAGUGAAUUUUGCUCCACAAAUGAGAUAGCGACCCAAAUGUGACACUUUUGAUUCUUAAAUGUGGGUAGAAAAUGGGAACUUUAUUUUUUUAUAUCCUACUUUUGUAUAUGCCCUUUUAUAUCCUACAAUAAACGUGGUUAUAUUUUACUGAAUAAAAAAUGUGAACAUUGCAACAAGCUUUCCUGUGAAAUCCUGCACCAGACUUUGUGUUCCUGUUAAGGCUGUGUGUCACUGGUAUGUAGCCAUGUAUCCCUAUAUUGUACAAGUCAGUGAUGAUACAGCAUAGCAGCAGCUCAUUAUAUUAUCACUGGACUAACAUUCCAGACAUCCAGGCUAAAGUUCUUGGGUCAUGGGUUCAGAUUCCACUCAAGUAUGAGUAGUGACAUUUGAAAUGUGGAAUUUAAAACUAGCUGAAUGGUGAUCAUGGCCAUUGUCGAUUGUCACAAAAUUCCCAUCUGAUUCUGAUUUUUGACAUCCUUUAAAGAAGGAAAUCUGCUGUCAUUACCUAGUCUGGCCUACAUGUGUCUCUAGACCCACAGCAAUGUGGUUAACGCUAAACUGCCCUCUGAAAUGAUCUAACAAGCCAUUCAGUUCAAGGGCAAAUAGGGAUGGGCAACAAAUGCUGAACUGGUCAGCAUAGCAUGGAUGAAUAAAGACAAAUGAUUGGCUCUCCAACAGCUUCUCCUAUGAAGGGCAAUGACUUAGAGAAAAGACCCAGCAGCAAUUAGGUUGAGGAGUAACGGGAAGACCUGUCUGAAAAAUUCUUUUCCAACCAUGGAAAGGAUCAAAGAAACAUUGAGGCCAGCAGUGUCCAUGGGUCACAGUCAUAAAUGUCCUAAUUAAGCCACAACAUCACUCAACUUGGGAAAGUUACAGCAAAUCCAUAUUCACCAUUCGAAUGUGUAAUUUUCGUCAAAGAUGGAGAACCCCCAUAAAGUAGUCCUCAGUGUCUGUACCUUAUGUACAAGUGCUCUGGUCCUCCUCUCCAGGUCUCUAUCCAUGUAGGUUUCUAAUCCUUACAUUAUGUUCAUGGGAGGAGGAAAAUAAAUACUUACUUUUCUGCAGUACCUUACAUCACCUCAGAAUAUCCCAAAGUGACUUACAGCCAAUUGUUAGAACCUUCACUGAUUUUUCAUUAUUUUUAUCCUUUUUAUCAAUUUUGUAUUAUAAGCUGGAAAUGACUGAUGGGCUUUAGGACAACUUGUGUUAAAAAGACGAGAACAGACCAAACAAGCUUUGUUUAUAUAUGAGGCCAGGCCUGGAGGCUAAUUGCAAGCUGAAACUUGAUUUAAAAGGUUCUAACAGAAACAAUAACAGGAAAAGUGUUACAUUUAAACUGCUAGCAGAAGUUGGCUAUUAAGAAGGUCAAUGGCUGGAAAUUGGUUCUGGCAAGUCUGAAAGAGACCCUGCAUUCAGCAGAUGACAGUUGUUGAAUGGUAAUUGAGACCUCAGAGGGAGUCAACUGGUCUCUCAGGGUGGAACUAGGAAUGAAGUUGUUUUUUUUCCUGAACUAUGUUUUCUGAAAGAUGGUUCUGGGCUGCUGCUGAGACAGCAUGGGCAUUUGAAAGCUCACUGUGCAAUCAGAUGCAUCAGUUUCUGGAAGCCCAAUAAGUAGAAAACUGAGUUGGAAUUUUUUGCUGCCAUUGCCUGGGUGAACUGAGAAAGUAUGAAAUAACGUACUGUGAAAGCAGUUUAAGUGAUCUGGCCAGUCUUGUUAUUUUAUUUAUUCUUUAGUUGUUUGUUUGUUUGUCUGUUUGUAUUUUAUAUAUAUGGGAGCUGGCUGGAAUCAAAUGUUUUGGGAUUAAAGCACAGACAUUAAUCAGCUUACUGUGUUGCUUAAUUUUCUGUCUGCUAUUGUUAUUUUGUGUCUAAUAAAUAGUUAAGAUUUAUCUUUGAGAUACAAAA